AUGAUGAUGCUCUGGGCAUGGGCGGGUGUACCGCUAGGAGUCUACAACAUCGUCAAAGAGUUCAAUGUAGCGCUCCGGAUCCAACCUCAGAUUUUAACGCUUUUGAGUCUUGUUACGUGGAUCCAAUGUUACUACUAUGAGAGAAAAUGGAGUAUCUCACGCUCUCUUUUCGUCGUCGUCCCUGUCGCAAUCAUCAUGGGCGUCAUCCAAGCAUCUCUCAUAAUCGCCCUCCGCAUCGCAAAAUCCAAAGACUUGGAAUGGCCGUUAAUCCUCAUGGCUUCACUAUCAGCAGCUCUUCUCGCAGCAGGUGUGUUAACACACUACUGGGACAUCUGGACCCAUCGAACCGUCCGCGGGAUUUCUUUUCUAUUCGUCGCCAUUGAUGCAGCCGGUGAUGUAUUCUCUCUUGCGUCGGUCUUCUUUCAAUCUGAACUAGAUGUUUUGGGAAUUGUCAUUUAUGCGACGGAGUUUGUGCUCUGGUGUGGCGUUUUUGCGUGUGGUGGGUAUUAUAACCUGCUGCCGUGGGUGAGGAAGAGGUUUGGGGGCGAUGGUAAGGGUGUUGAGUGUGAAGGGGGUACGAGGGAGGAGAAUGGAGGGAAUGAGAUCAUGAUGGGCGAUAAUGUAUCGUCGAGUUCGGUGUUUCGGACAGCAUCAGGGGAAGUGGGUAUGAGGGCGCGGAAUCCAAGGGGGCGUGAUCCUCUAGAUGUUGAGUGA